AUGCCUCAAUUAACAAGAGCAGGAUUAAUUUUGAACGUCGGACCCUGGAGCGUGGGCUUGUCUCCGAGUGACCAUUAUGAUCAAAUACAAAAUAACCAGCCACAACAACAGAUUUCUUUUAAGUUUAGUUUAGGCUCUUCAGACAAAAUCGGCAACAACGUCCAGUCUAAAAAAUAUGGCCGUGAUACUGAUGGGGAAGACAGUAAUGUCCGGAGGGGACGUCCUCGUGCCGACAGUAUCACUUCUCUGAUUUUGCAAGGAUCUUCGUCUGCUAGUCAAAUUCGAUGUCAACUUUGUCGAAGAGUGUUUCCCAGAGAGAAAUCCUUACAGGCACAUCUUAGAACUCAUACAGGUGAGAAACCAUAUCACUGUAACUAUCCCGGAUGCAAUCGAUCUUUUUGCCAAAGUGGACAGCUACGGACUCACUUAAGACGACAUACUGGGGAGAAACCUUUUCAAUGUCCAAUUCAAGGAUGCAACAGUAGAUUUGCGCAUGCUAAUCGACAUUGCUCCGAACAUCCAUAUUUUUCUUUAUUUUUUAAUUUUUAUUUUUUAUAUUUAUUUAAACUUUUUUUAAACCAAUCUCUAUUCUCUCACUAUUUUUCUCCUUCUUCACCUUGUCUCUCUCCUUCUUCACCUUGUCUCUCUCCUUCUUCACCUUGUCUCUCUCCUUCUUCACCUUGUCUCUCUCCUUCUUCACCUUGUCUCUCUCCUCCUCCCUAUUCACAUUUCCCACAGGCUUUUGUAGUAUCUCUCUCUCUCUCUCUCUCUCUCUCUCUCUCUCUCUCUCUCUCUCUUCAUCUGCGAACGGUGUCAGUGUAUAACGAUCUCUCUCUCUCUCUCUCUCUCUCUCUCUCUCUCUCUCUCUCUCUCUCUCUCCCCUCUCUUCCCUAUUGCCAAAAGAGGUCAUCAAUUCUGUCUCGGUUCUAA